AUGUCCAGCAAGCCGACUACCACAAUGGGCUUCUCUAUGAAGCAUAUUUCUCUCAUAACUCUCACUUUUCAAAAUUCUGCACUUAUACUGAUCAUGCACUAUUCGAGGAUAAUGCCCGUAGAAAAUAGCAACCGAUACUUUACUUCCACAGCUGUAUUCCUGAAUGAAAUAAUAAAGCUUGCAUUCUCUCUUACUAUAGCUCUUCACGAAAUAUCUCGCACUCUUCCUCCUUGUACUCCGGCUACAACUCUUUUCAAGCAACUUUAUCUCUCAGUAUUCGGUUGGGAUAGCUGGAAACUAGCUAUCCCAGCUACACUCUAUACUCUUCAAAACUCAUUGCAGUAUAUUGCAGUUAGUAAUCUAGAUGCUGUACACUUUCAAAUUCUCUACCAAUUAAAAAUUCUUACCACAGCGUUGUUUAGCGUCACCAUGCUCGGCAAAGUACUUUCAAGCAGGAAAUGGAUCGCUUUAAUAAUUUUGACCUGCGGAGUGGGUAUUGUUCAGUUACGCCCGACUAAUCCGGGUAUAGAACAGUCUCUAGACGAAUCGCAGCGAAAAUUCUAUUUUCCUAGAAGCUUUCACGAGCUGGGACAUCUAAGCGAGGGUGCCGUUGAGAUCGCAAGAGAACUGACUAGAAGAAGUGUUGGGGAAGUCACAAGAAAUAUUUACAAGCGUUCUGCGACCUACGAAGGCAUACAGGAGGAUCUCGGUCUCGUCAAACCUCUGAUGAACUAUACUGUCGGAGUUACUGCUGCUACAGUUGCUGCAAUAAUUUCAGGGUUGACAGGAGUUUACUUUGAGAAAGCCUUGAAAGAAUCAACUGCUCAUGUCACAGUCUGGACCCGCAACGUUCAAUUAUCGUUUUAUUCUCUAUUUCCAGCGCUUAUCCUUGGGGUAUUCAUUAUGGAUGGAGAGGCCAUUGUAAAGUACGGGUUCUUCAAUGGGUAUAAUCCAGUAGUUUGGACAGCAAUUGUUUUCCAGGCUGUUGGUGGGGUCUUAGUUGCAAUGUGCAUCAAUUACGCUGACAAUAUCGCUAAAAACUUUGCGACCUCCAUAAGUAUUAUUCUAAGUUUUCUUAUUAGUGUAUGGUUUUUCGACUUUCAAAUUAAUUUAAACUUCUUAUUAGGCACUUCACUAGUUAUAUAUGCAACUUACUUGUAUAGCAGUCCGGAUCGAAACACACCUAGAUCGCCACCUAUCAAUAUUGUUAGUUACGAAAAGACAACCAUCGAUGAAAAUAUUUCUGCAAGAUUUCAGGAAGACGUCAAAAAGACAGGUUUGUGUCCCGAUAUUCUAGAUGAUCUCAAACCUGAAGGAUUGAGCUCAAGUAGGCCAAAUAGCCCUAUGAGACAUCAUUCUCGCGGUGGAAACUCGACUGGAAAACGUUCCAUGUGA